UGCAGUGUGAAGGGUAAGAGCACGCAACAGUGUAAAAUUAUUACCACCACUGAACCCUUUGUAUAAACAUAUAUAGCAGAGGACCUAGAAAAGAGCACCGGAGAGAAAAGCUCUGCAGUUCCUCUCACUUUAAUAGUUACUUAUUUCUAUUUAGAUCGAUGGGUUCAGCGGGGACGGAACCGCUCUUGUCAGGGUUUUCUGCAGGGGAAGAAACUCCUCGCUCAAAUUCCAAGCACGUGUCCGAUGGGAAACUUGAGAGAAUUCUCACCGAUGACACCCUCCCCUUCCUCCGCCGUGUCGGGGCCGCUUUGUGGGUGGAGGUCAAGCUCCUCUACGUCCUCGCCGCCCCUGCCAUCUUUGUCUACGUCAUCAAUUACGUCAUGUCAAUGUCCACGCAAAUAUUCUCCGGUCACCUCGGUAAUCUUGAACUCGCCGCCGCUUCCCUCGGCAACACCGGCAUCCAGCUCUUAGCUUAUGGUCUCAUGUUAGGCAUGGGGAGUGCAGUUGAGACGCUAUGCGGACAAGCAUACGGUGCACAGAAGUUCGGGAUGCUAGGCGUAUACAUGCAGCGCUCAACGGUGCUCCUUUCAUUGGCCGGCAUCGUCAUGGCGGUCAUAUACGUGUUCAGUGAGCCAAUUUUACUUUUUCUCGGCGAAUCGGCGGAAAUCGCGGCGGCGGCGGCGCUUUUCGUCUACGGUUUGAUUCCUCAGAUCUUCGCGUACGCGGUGAACUUCCCCAUCCAGAAGUUUAUGCAGGCGCAGAGCAUAGUGGCGCCAAGCGCAAUCAUCUCAGGUGUGGCGUUGUUGGUCCAUCUGCUGCUGAGCUGGUUGGCGGUGUACAAGAUUGGGAUGGGUCUCUUAGGCGCGUCACUGACGCUGAGUCUCUCUUGGUGGAUCAUCGUGAUUGCUCAGUUCGUGUACAUCGUGAAGAGCCCGAGGUGCAAGCAGACGUGGCAGGGGUUCACGUGGCAGGCAUUUUCCGGGUUACCCUCCUUCUUCAAGCUGUCUGCUGCUUCCGCUGUUAUGCUCUGUUUGGAAACGUGGUAUUAUCAAAUCCUGGUGCUGCUCGCAGGCCUGCUCCCUCACCCUCAAUUGGCCCUUGAUUCUCUUUCGAUCUGUACUACCAUUUCUGGCUGGUUUUUCAUGAUCUCUGCUGGAUUCCAAGCCGCCGCAAGCGUGAGGGUGGGUAACGAACUGGGAGCAGGAAAUCCAAAAUCGGCGUCGUUUUCGGUGGUGGUGGUGACGGCGAUUUCUUUCAUAAUAUCAGCUAUUAUAGCAGUGGUGAUUCUUGCACUCAGGGAUGUCAUUAGCUAUGCCUUCACCGGCGGUGAAGAGGUUGCUGCUGCAGUUUCAGAUCUCUGCCCUCUGCUUGCUCUUGCUAUUCUCCUCAACGGCGUUCAGCCCGUCUUAUCUGGGGUGGCGGUUGGAUGUGGUUGGCAAGCUUUCGUGGCUUAUGUAAACGUGGGUUGUUAUUAUGGAGUUGGGUUACCGGUGGGUGCUGUUCUAGGCUUUGUUUUCCAUUACGGUGCCAAGGGAAUAUGGUUGGGAAUGCUUGGUGGCACAGCCAUGCAAACAGUGAUUCUAUUGUGGGUUACAUUUAGAACGGACUGGAAUAAAGAGGUGGAGGAAGCAGCCAAGAGGUUGAGCGUAUGGGAGGACAAGAAGGAGGCAGCAGUACUAGACUGAAGAAGGAUGACUUGUUUAUUAUUAUUAUUAUUAUUAUUAUUCUAGCACUUCCUUUUCUGUGUGUUCUGACAUUUUUGUUAGAGAUAUUUUCUACCUUUUUGUGUUAGAUUUUUUUUUUCUGUUAUUAGUUAAGCUCUACUUCAAUCAAUAUUUAAUUUCAAUAAUUUAGGGAUCACAUUACAGGGGAUAUAUGUACAUGUGAUCUGUUUUCA